AAAGGGAAAGAAAAAGACAAAAGAAAAAAUAAAAAAAGUCUGCCUCGCGGAUUCGUAUACUCGUUACUCACUGAGCCCCCCAAUCUUCCAUCUACCCAUCCUCGCUGAGUGCGAAGCCUCGUCCUCUACGAGUUGUGGAUCCACCGCAGGGUUUCAUUUCCCUGAUCCUUACGACGGAAGAAAGAGAAAAGAUAAUCAGAAACGAUGGGAGGUGGAGCUGAUCACGGGCACGGGCACGGAGAACCACAUGGGGAUUUCAGGAACAAGGUUUGGAGUAUGUCUGGUGGCCCUUAUUGUCGCCCCAAGCACUGGAAGCGCAACACUGCCAUCGCAAUGUUUGGUGUCUUCCUCAUCUGUAUUCCCAUCGCCAUGAAAUCUGCCGAGCUUGAGCAACGGCCACAUCAUCCUGUUCGCCCAAUCCCAUCCCAGCUCUGGUGUAAGAACUUUGGAACCAAAGAUUACAAAUAAUCUUCUAGAUUACUGCCGCGGGUUUUUCAACUCGUCAAACAACUUCGCAUUUGCUUGUCGAUUUCAGAAAAGUAUAAGCUACUUUGAACAGUCGCUGUUUUGUUGUCAAUAUCAUAUAAGACUUGCUUCUCGGAUCUUCUCGUAAUAGGCUUUGAGCAUCUAUGUUAUUAAAUUUGAUAGAAUAAUAAGUUGGCUGUUGACCUGAAAGCGUGUUCAAACAGUUAUAAUUGAUGUUGUUCAACAUUUUUUCCCCAA